AUGACUCUCAAAGACGAGCAGACCGAGGAGUGGAACACCGCUUCAAUGGAAGAGAUCAAAUUCUUAAUCUGUGUACUUCGACUACGCUGUCAACCUCCUGUUCCAUAUCCACACAUCGAAUCAUAUUUGAAUCAAAUUAUGGGCCUUUCGCACGAGAAGCUCUCAGAUAUAUUUGACAGAGAAGAAAGAGAAGAGACCAACUUAUGGGAGGAUGCUAAGACAUGUGAUGAUUGGAACGUUGAGCGGAUCUUGAUUAUUAGUGGGGUGGAUAGAGAGGGGUAUAGACUUGCCGAGAGGAAGGAGACAGAUGCGCAAAUUAAGUGGAGGAGGACCAAGGAUUGGAAAGUUGGAUCACUUCUAAUGAAGCCUGAUGAAGUUAGCCGAGUAAUGUGA